AUGACUCUACGUGCAUCCGGACCCAAACAAACAGGCGCUGGCACCGGAAAGAUCGUCCUACAUUCUCGAGACCCAGAGGUCGUCUUCUCGGAACUAUCAUGCACAUAUCCUCUGAAGUUACUUGCUCUUCGGUCUGCCGACAAGGGGAUCGCAACGGCUUACAUGGCGUCGUACGGAGGCGGCCUUGUUUGUGGAGAUCAGAUCGCUCUUGAGGUUCAUGUUGGGCAUGAUGCUCGACUUAUGUUGCUUUCUCAGGGUUCUACGAAGGUGUUCAAAACGCGCCCCGGACAGAGAGCAGCAAGCUCGCACAAGACUCAUAUAUCAUCUGCCAGACAGAGAUUGGACGUGCACGUAGCCGACAGAGGCGCCCUCUUCCUCCUCCCAGACCCCGUCACCUGCUUCCAAGCCGCGUCAUACCAUCAACUACAAGCGUUUCAUCUCUCCAAAUUGGCAUCUAUUGUUCUCCUCGACUGGUUCACAUCCGGACGGCGGUCUCGGGGUGAAGAAUGGCAGUUCGCACGAUAUAUGAGCGUGAAUGAGGUUUUUGUGGAUGGGGUACGGGUAGCAAGAGAUGCUACUCUCCUAGAAGGCGAUAGCACAGCUGCGAAUAGCGAUGUCCCGCCACUUCCUCGUCGACUACUCGCAGACCGACUGGCGCCGUACGCUUGCUAUGCGACCGUGAUACUCUACGGACCGUUGGUCGAAGGGCUUGUGAAGGAAUUGGAUGGAAGCUAUGAGAAGAUAUCGGUGUUCAGACAAAGGGAUCCUCCAGGUCUGAUUUGGUCGUUGAGUCCUGUGAAAGGAGAGGAAGGAAGAAUAGUCAGGGUGGCGGGGAAGGAGACGGAAGACGUGAAGGUGUGGUUAAAGCAGGCACUGCAGCCUCUGGAAGAGGUUAUCGGUACGGACAUCUUCAGGCGAGCAUUCGUGUGA